ACUUAAACACUGUUUUAUUUUAGAGCCAUGUUUGUAGUAUUGUUAUAUGAUUAAAGUACAAAGUUAUCACUCAAAUAAAACACCAUGGCUACUGGUACAGAUAAAGACCUUCUUAUCAAUAAAACUUCCCCCAAAAGUGAUUAUGCUGCAUCACAUACAUCAGUUCGUCUCUCAAGCAUUGUGGAUCAUGACCAGAACACCCUGGGACCUCAGCAACCAAAACUCUCAACAUUCUUUGGUGUUGUGGUGCCUUGUUGUUUAUCUAUGUUUAGUGUGAUCCUCUUCCUUAGAAUGGGGUUCAUAGUUGGUCAGGCCGGGAUGCUUGAAGGGCUGGCUAUGCUUCUACUUGCUUAUUCAAUCAUCGGGUUAACCGUGUUAUCUGUGUGUGCCAUAUCAACUAAUGGAGCCAUUGAAGGGGGAGGGGCUUACUUCAUGAUAAGCAGAGCAUUAGGACCUGAGUUUGGAGGCGCGAUUGGUUUGAUGUUCUUCCUUGCAAAUGUGGCUUCAACCGCACUCUAUGUGUUUGGGUUAGUGGAAGCAAUGCUGUCUUUCUUUGGCCCUGAAGGUCAAUUGCAACCAAAUAUAUUCCCGAAGGGUCAGUGGUGGAGUUAUUUAUACGGCUCAAUUAUUCUCCUUGUGUGUCUGGUUGUUUGUGUGGUUGGUGCGGAUAUCUACGCCAAAACUACUUUCCUUAUAUUUGUGGUUGUUAUGGUUUGCAUUGCGUCAAUAUUUAUAAGUUUUCUUGCGAAACCCACCUUUGUAUUGAAGAGCAAUGUCACCAUGGUGCACAUGAAUGUAUUACAUGAAUGUAAUGCCACUAAUGUGACUUACACAAGCUUCAGUGAAAAAACAUUUCGGGAAAACUUGGGAUAUGAUUGGACGAUAGACUACACAACAUUAAAGAUGCAAAACUUUGUCAUUGUGUUUGCUGUCUUGUUUAAUGGUUGCACAGGUAUUAUGGCGGGAGCAAAUAUGUCAGGUGAUUUAAAAAACCCAAGUCGUUCCAUCCCAGUGGGAACGAUAUCUGCUUGUCUCAUAACGUUCGUUGUAUAUAUGGCACUUAUUGUACUUAUUAGUGCUACUACUCCAAGGUCAAUUCUUCACUGCAACUACAGUUUCUUACUCACCAUCAACUUAUGGGGUCCGUUUAUCGCGAUUGGGGUGUUUGCAUCCUCGCUCUCUGCUGCCCUCAGCUGCUUGAUUGGAGCGUCAAGGAUAUUAUUCGCUCUUGCCCGAGACGAUUUGUUUGGAAUCAUCUUACGUCCAAUGACAAAAUCUACAAGUUCAGGCAACCCAAUAGUAGCCGUGUUAUUCUCAUGGUUUCUUGUGCAGAUGACUUUAUUUGUUGGCCAGUUGAACACCAUAGCUCCCAUAGUCACAAUAUUCUUCCUUAUUUCUUACGCAGCAACUGAUCUUGCUUGUCUUGCAUUGGAAUGGGCGUCAGCUCCUAACUUCAGGCCAACAUUCAAGUUAUUCACAUGGCAUACAUGCGUGCUUGGGUUCAUCAGUUGUGUAAUCAUGAUGUUUCUUAUACAAGCCUUGUACACCUCAGUUAGUGUGGUUGUGUUGAUUAUUCUGUUGAUCAUCAUCCACUAUAGAGUUCCUACUUCAUCGUGGGGUUAUAUCAGCCAAGCUCUUAUUUUCCAUCAGGUUCGUAAAUACAUGUUAAUGUUGGACGUACGCAAGGAACACGUUAAGUUUUGGAGACCUCAGAUUCUGCUUAUGGUUAAAAACCCACGAAGUUCUUGUCAGCUGAUUGAGUUUAUUAAUUCAAUCAAGAAAUCAGGCCUGUACGUCCUCGGCCACGUAAGUAUUGGCAGCUUGUCUGAGAUGGAGAGCGACAUCUUGAAACCCCAAUACAACCAUUGGUUGAAUCUUGUGGAUGAGAUGGGGGUCAAAGCAUUUGUGGAACUCACGUUGUCAAAGUCGGUUAGGGAGGGAACGGAACACUUGUUGCGAAUAUCUGGUCUUGGAGGAAUGAAACCAAACACUUUGGUUCUUGGGUUCCAUGAUAAUUUACCUCAGAAAGAUACUUUCAAAGACCUUGGGAUAUUCAAAGGAGGCCAUAGUAGGACUGGUUCCAGCAUUGCUUCCAUCAUCUCACACGACCAACCAAUUGAAGAAGAUGACGCGUUCGAUUCUGGAAGCUUCUUUCCCGAUGUCGUAGAAACCGAUGACUCGGGAAAACUAGCAACUGUUGAUUACGUUGCAAUUAUUGCUGAUGCCAUAAAACUGCAGAAGAAUGUUUGUCUUGCUAGAUAUUUUAAUCAGCUUGACAAAACAAGCAUGGCACAGGACAAAGCCAAGGUUCAUUACAUCGAUGUUUGGCCCGUCAACUUUCUCACUCAUAUUGUGGAUAGAAGGAAUAACUCAGAAGCCAGUACCUCGGCUUUCCGCACCACAUCCUCAUCUUUCUUCGACACUACUUGUGUCUUCCUGAUGCAGAUGGCUUGCAUCCUUAAUAUGACUCCUUUCUGGAAGAAUCGAACAAAGUUGAGGAUCUUCCUUUUCACCGAAACAUCUGAUGACUCUACUGCUCCCGGUGACGAGGAAUUGGAGGAGUUUCUUAAAACUGUCCGCAUCAAAGCUGAGAUAAAACCCGUCAAGUGGGGUGAUGUGGCGACAUCCAGUGACCAAACCGCAACGAAUCCGCAAAGCAAUUAUUCCGAUACGCUAAAAAAAAUAAAUUCUCUCAUACGUUCACAACACUCAAGUACAGCAGUUACAUUCCUCUAUCUACCAACCCCACCCAUGAGCAUGGAUCAGUGUGUGGAUUACAUUGACAUGUUAACGCAGAUUAGUGACAACCUCGGCCCAACCCUAUUUGUCCAUGGUCUCUCCCAUGUUAUUUCAACUACUUUGUGAUGUCAUAGUCACCUUUUAUGAGACAUGAAUGCUGCGUAUUGUGACAUAUUACCUGCUGUGGCCUGUACCCAAAGUGCAAUUAGAAAUAUUAGCCAUAUUCAAGCAACUGGUAUUUUGUUAAAAAUGUUUAACUUAAUAUUUUAUAAAGACCAACAAUCCUCUGGCAUGUGGGAUACCUCAUCAAAGUUUGUGUUAAUAACAACUUAAUGCUAAACAGUUUCCCAAACAUAAAUUGAUAAAGCAUAUUUUUUGCAACAUCAGCAAACAUUAGGCAUAUUUGUAAUUGAAAUCAGUAUACUAAAUUAUGCAUGCAUAUGCUGUAUGCAUAAGAUGUUUACUAAGUUUACCUUUUUCUCUGUACAGCUUAAUAAUAUGAAACAGUCAUAAAUAUCAUUUAUUCAUUCAUCUUAAAAUCAGGAUAUAUGAACAACAUUCUUGUUUUAGGGAUCUUUUGAAUAUUUAUUUUUGUCCUGUGAAUAUUUCUUUGUGCAAUAAGCUGCUUGCAGCGGCAUUCAUGGUUACUGUUAAUAUUAGUAGCAUAUGUGCAUACAUAAUACAGUUGAUUGGGUAAGAUGGUUCAUGUUUUCGCUCACUAUCGUUUAAUGUGUUGGUAAACUGAGAGUAUUUACAGAAUCAUAUAACCCAAUUCUCAUAGCUGUAAAUAAUUAGGAACUUGUGAAAUUAUUUGCUAACAGUAUCCAUCUUACACCGCCCUUCUGAACAAUAUAAGUGCAAAAGUAAAACAAUAGCAUCAAACUGUGUAAUCGCAGUAAUUGUAAAUUAAUGUUUAUCUUACCCUAAUGUGCUGACUUUGUUGAUUACCAAGAUAGUUCAUUUUUUUGUUUAGACAUCAUUUCAUUAUAAAAUCUGCAAUUAAAUAAAAUCUGGUUAAUUUUAAGACUGAUCAAAACUUUUUUGUGUUAUUGAGUGCCCUGAAUUAAUACAAGUGAUUCAAGAAUAA